GCCAGUCAGGGCGGACGAGAGGCUGGACGUGUGGGUGGAGCUUGUCUUUGCUGACGUUUGCCGGCGUGUCACAUAUCGCUGUAGUGGUGGUGGUGCUGCUGGGCUGGAGAUGUGCGCUUACCGUAACCUGUUGCUCUUGGGGCUCGGCUUGUUCUUACUCUCGACAGCUCAAGGCUACAGGAAGAGGGGACCUGCCGUGACUGCCAAGGUGUUUUUCAACAUAGAGGUUGGAGGCACUGAUGCUGGCAGAAUAGUUAUUGGCUUGUUUGGAAAGGUUGUACCGAAGACCGUAAAGAACUUUGUUGCUCUUGCAACUGGUGAAAAAGGAUAUGGUUACAAAGGCAGCAAAUUCCACAGAGUAAUCAAAGAUUUCAUGAUCCAAGGCGGAGACUUUACUAAUGGCGAUGGGACAGGAGGAAAAAGUAUAUAUGGAGAGACUUUCCCCGAUGAAAACUUCAAGCUAAAACACUACGGCUUUGGAUGGGUCAGCAUGGCGAAUGCUGGGCCUGAUACUAAUGGCUCCCAAUUCUUUAUCUCUACAACCAGGCCUUUAUGGCUUAAUGGAAAGCAUGUUGUGUUUGGCAAAGUCCUGGAAGGCAUGGCGGUGGUGCACUUAAUCGAGCUCCAGCAGACAGAUGAAAGUGACCGACCUCUGAAAGACUGCGUUAUUGUCAACAGUGGGGAGAUCACUGUGAAAGAGCCAUUUGUGGUCGAAGUUGAUGACUGGCAAGAUUAAAAUACGUUUUACUUAUAUUUUAUAUUAAGUUUUUCUCAAUAAAUGUAAAUAUGUUUACCUUC